UUAUUUAAGUUAGUUAUUAGACUUAAGUAAGAACAGUAGGCAUUUGGCUUACUUAAAUAAAAUGUUUUUUAUAAAAUGUUUAGUUGUUGCUGUAACACUCUGUAGUGUUACAAUCGAUGCGAAAGAUUGGUGGGAAAAUGAAGUAUUUUAUCAAAUUUAUCCAAGAUCAUUUAUGGAUAGUGAUGGGGAUGGGGUUGGAGAUUUACAGGGAAUCAAAUCAAAAUUACAACACAUAAAAGAUGCCGGACUUAAUUGCACAUGGUUAUCACCGAUUUUCUCAUCACCAAUGGUUGAUUUUGGUUAUGAUAUCUCUGAUUUUCGUAAUAUCCAUCAUGAAUUUGGUACAAUUAAAGAUUUCGAAGAAUUAUCAGCGGAAGCAAAACGUUUAGGGAUUAAAUUAAUCUUAGAUUUUGUACCAAAUCAUUCAAGUGAUAAACAUGAAUGGUUUCAACUAUCAGCAAAUCGUACCAAAGGGUAUGAAGAUUAUUAUGUUUGGGUAGAUGCUAAAGGUUUUGACAAAGAUGGCAAACCAAUUCCACCAAAUAACUGGAACAGUAACUUUGGCGGUUCAGCAUGGGAAUGGGUUGAAAGCCGUAAACAAUUUUAUUUACAUCAAUUUGCAAUCCAACAACCAGAUUUGAACUACCGUAAUCCAAAAUUAGUACAAGAAAUGAAAGACAUUAUUGUAUACUGGUUAGACAAAGGAGUUGCCGGAUUUAGGAUAGAUGCUGUACCAUUUUUAUUUGAAGUAGAAGAUUUACGAGAUGAACCACGUUCAUAUGAUCCAAAAGCUUUGCCCAACGAAUAUGCUUAUUUAUUACAUCCAUAUACAAAUAAUUUGGCUGAAACUUACGAUAUGGUUUAUCAAUGGCGAGCUGUUUUGGAUAAUUACACCAAAUCCACCGAUAAUGUUACAAGAAUCAUGAUGACUGAAGCAUAUGCCGAUAUUAAACAACAAGUGUUAUACUAUGGAAAUGACACAACACCAGGAGCUCAUUUCACAUUUAAUUUCCUAUUAAUUACUGAUUUAAAUACAAAUUCUACCGCCCAUGAUUUCAUGUUCACCAUCAAUAAAUGGUUGUCAUAUUUACCACUCGAAUAUACAUCAAACUGGGUUCUUGGAAACCACGAUAACCAUCGUGUCGGAAGCCGUUACGGAGCUCAACGUAUUGAUGGUUUGAAUAUGUUAUUGAUGGUGUUACCAGGUGUAGGUGUUACUUACUAUGGUGAUGAAAUUGGUAUGUUAGAUACUUUCAUCAGUUGGGAACAAACAGUCGAUCCAAUUGGUUUAAAUGCUGGUCCUGACCGUUAUCAAUUAUUCACACGUGAUCCAGAACGUACACCAUUCCAAUGGGAUGAUUCAGUAAAUACAGGAUUCAGUACAUCGAAAAAUGGUACAUGGUUACCAGUAAACGAAAAUUAUAAAGAUUUAAAUUUAAAGAACCAAAAAGCAGCUUCGUUCAGUCAUUUCCAAUUGUACCAAAAAUUAAUGGUACUACGACAAGAGAAAACCAUUCGAGAUGGUGAUUUAAAUGUUAAAGCCUUAAGCGAUAAUGUUUUAACUUUGACUCGUACAUUAACGGGUCAUGAUUCAUUUGUUUAUGUGUUUAAUUUGGGAGGAGAAAAAGAAAACGUUAAUUUAGAACCUUAUACCGAAUUACCAAGUAAACUAAAGGUAGAAUUAACAAGUGUAAAUGCUUCUGUAUCAUUCGGUACUACUGUCAGCAAAUCUGGAUUCACUGUUGGUCCAUAUGAAGCAUAUAUCUUAUCAGCUCAAUCAUUAUUAUCAAGUUCUACUUCAUAUUUAGAUACAUUAUUUGAAUAAAAAAUUGUUAAUAAA